AUGGGGGCUGAAAUGGAUGAGAGAUGGAGAAAUAUUUGGAAUCUUGAAGUUCCUAGUGUUUGUCCAGCAUCCGAUGACAUAUGGGCUAAGGUUGGAUGUUGUGUACAAAAAUGGGGAAGAACUGAAGAGGAGUUUUUGUUGCUAUGGGGGAAGUUAAUGGAAAGGUUGAGCAUGAAGAAGUUAGAAGAAAUGAUUGUGUUGCUUAGGAGAGUUUGGCUGCACAGGAAUGAGUUUGUUUUUAAGAAGAAGCUAGGCUAUCCUAAGAUACUUGUGAAGACCGCUGUAGAAGGUUUACUCGAAUAUAAGAUAGCUCAAAUUCUUACAAAACAAGUGGUGAAAGGGCAAAACAGCAAUGCAAGGAGUGUUAUAAGAUGGGAGAAACCAGAGAGUGGAUGUGUGAAGGUGAAUUGGGAUGCUUCAUUAAACUUGAAAGAGAGAAGAAUGGGGGCUGGGAUCAUAGUUAGAGAUGAGAAGGGAAAAGCUUUAGUUGUUGUUUGCGAUCAGAAGGUCAAUGUUGACAGUCUAGUGGUGGCAGAAUGUUUUGCUUUGAGGAUGGCUAUAGAGCUUUGCAGUGAACUUAACAUACACAAGGCUAUUUUCGAAGGAGAUGCAAGAAUUGUCAUAGAGGCUGUGUAG